GGCGCCUGCUUUGUGCCGUCGCUCGUCGUUUUGUUUUCCCGUUUUUUUUGUACAGGUUGGGGGCAUUUGUUGCACCGAUGCCUAAAUUUAAGAAUGAUUUCAUGCGUUUAAAAAAAUCCUGCAAAAUCGUACGUCGGGUUUUAUUAUAUAAUAUUGGGUGUCUCUGAAAAGUAAACAUUUCUAAUCUACCGCGGAAGGAUUAAUUUCGUUGGCGUCGCGAAAUCCCAGGCUCGGGUUCUUUUCAUUGCCUACACUCCGGACCUAAGAAAAUCAUGUCAAGCACAAGUUCUGCUGUGGAUCGGCUAAUGGAGGAGGCGGCACGUGACGAUCGCAACUGGUUCCAGAAAAUGUUCGUGGAUAUCAGCGGCAAGGCGGCCACCACACAAAUAUGCAUUGGGGCAACCACCGGAUGGAUUACUGGUUUUGCGCUUGUCAAAAUUGGUAAAAUGGCUGCAUUAGCUAUCGGCGGAACCAUUGUUUUUCUUGAAAUUGCAAACGAAAAUGGCAUUGUUAAGAUAGAUUGGGGCAAAGUAGAAAAAGAAGUGGAUAAGGUAACGGAUAGAGUGGAAGAGGCCGUCACUGGAAACAAAAAGUCCUGGAUGGAUAAGGCUGAGCGCUAUGUCGAUCGUAAAAUCGAUACUGCUGAGGAUUUCUUCGGUAGGAAACUUAAACCUAGACGAUGGUACACUAGAUUUAUUGGUGAUGAAACCGGAGUAAAAUUUAAUAGCCUUCAUUUGUUCGUAAUGGGCUUUUGUGGUGGAUUGGCCAUCGGAGUAUACGCAUCCUAAAUUUUGUUACUAGCAACAUCCAGAAAUAAUUACACAUCGUAAUUUUAAGUUUUGCUUAGAUCGGCAAUUUUCGUGAGAUGAACUCUGUAAUUGUCAUGUAAUUUCAUACUAUUAAGCGAUCCAAAUUGUCUUUUCUUAUAUUAAUGUAGGUUUAAAAUUUAUUUUAAUCAAUCCAAAGUUGAAUGAUAAAAGUUUUAGAAACAAAAUCCAU